AUGGCCGCGGAAGGGCGAUCAAGCUUCCGCAGCGGCACGAGCAGCGCGGCCGGCUGCCGUGCCGGCCGCCAGUGCCCGUUUGCCCACGACGCCUCGGCCAGCGGCGGUCAGCCUGCUUCGAAGGCCCGACCUGCGCGUCAACGCCAAGCGGGCGAGGAUCCGGAAGAACCUUCUCUUGCAUCCACCACACCGACUCCGCGCGCUCGCGUGGUGCAGCGUCCCACUCCGCGCGCGCAACAGGAAGAUCCCCGCGAGUUUCAGUUGGCGCAGAUCCGCCGCAGAUUCAGCCCGGAAGAAUCGCUCGACGCGAGCGCCGCCACCAUUCUGGCUUUCGGCAUGAAACCCUCAGACCCCGACUUUCCCUUUGACAUUGACGAGCUGGCCUGCCGCCUCCGCGUGCCUGCCACCUACCCAAUGCAGGGCCGUCCGUCGCUGAGCGUCACCAACGCCGAGAUGGACAGGGGCUUCCAGAUCAACGUCGAGAAGGGCUUCGAUGCCCUCGCCGCGAAGCAGCUUCCUAACCAGACGCUGCUGGCAUUGAUGAACGCGCUGGACCGCCGCUUGGAGCAAUUGCUAACCGCACCGCCUGCUGAGACUUUCUCCAUCAAAAUAGUCCCGAACGCGGCGGCGAGGGCCGUGCCGAAGCAUGCCGCCCAGGUCCCCACCCCGCCGCCGCCGCCGCCGUCGGUCGUUGUGCAACCAUCCCAAGUGCCAGCGCAGCCGAGGGAAAGGCCACCGCCACCUCAACCUGCAUACGGCCCUGAGCAGAGGGCGCAGGCCAAAGCGCGGCGUGACCAGGAAACGCGCCAGCUUGAGGCUCGGCUCGGCCGCCUGCCUCACUUCUCCACCCUGGCGGAUGGCGCGUUUAUCGUGCCUGUCGAGCCCAGGCGUAGGGCCGAGCUGCCCAUUGCGCUGCAGGCCAUCAAGACGGUGAGGCUGCUGGUGCCUGAGCUCUAUCCGCUGCAGCCGUGCAGGAUCGAGCUCAUGGGCAUCGACAGGCUGGAUGCAAUGCCCGCCGAGCAGGCCUUCGAGGACAGGGCGAGACAGUUUGCAAACAUGUCACUGCUUAAUCACGUUAACUACUUCUCCCAGAACAUGCAUUCAAUGGCCCAUGCGCCCCCGGCGACGUCGGAUGACAGUCCGAGGGUCCUGGACCAGGUGAAGGAGCUCACCGUACAAGACAACGCAGCGGAAGCAAGCACCGCAGCGUCUGGUGCCGAGGCAGACUCGAAGACGGGGACUGGCCAUGUAGACGAUAGGAGUCACAUCAUCACCAUCCCAAGACCGCCUGAGUGGCAAGUGCUAGCUUCUGAUGACGAUGACGAGGAUUCCUACGACUCCUACUCUGAUGAAUCACACAGCGACGGAGAAGCGGAAGGGGGUGGCUCAGACCGCCCCGGAGGAAGCUCCCAGACGCCGGCUCUCGAACGCGGGGUUACGGUGUCGUUCCCGCACCUAGAGCUCUACGGCAUCGAACUGCUCGAGCUUGUCAACCUGUGUCUGACCGUCAAGUGCACCCGGUGCAAGGAUACGUUGGACGUCAACAACAUUAAGAACAAUGCUAACGCUGACUAUACCGGCAUCCGCAGCGAAUCGUGCAAGAAGUGUGCGAAUCCGCUGGGCAUAGGGUAUCGAAUGGACAUGAUGCAUGCAAACUCCGUUCGGGCCGGCUACCUUGAUCUCGACGGAUGCACUCCCGUUGACAUGCUCCCAAGCCCCGGCGUGGUGUCUGUUCGCGGAGACUCGUCAAUGGCAAUGUGCAGAGAAUGCCACCAGAAAAUGACGUUCAAGAUCGCAGAAGUUAAAUUUCUGUUGGUCAGCGCGUCGUCAGCACAAGCAACCCGCGCAUUGCCGCGAAAGAAGCCCAAGGAGAAGCUGGGAAUCGUGGCGGGCCAGGAAUUACCCAAACGAGGUCGCUGCAAGCAUUACAGCAAGAGCAAUCGGUGGUUCCGGUUUUCGUGUUGUAGCAAAGUGUACCCAUGUGACAGGUGCCACGACGCUGAGGCUGAUCACCCGAACGAGCACGCCAACAGAAUGAUUUGUGGAUUUUGCUCGCGCGAGCAAAAUUACCGGCCGGAAGAUUGCGGAAUAUGCCACGCGACGCUCGUCGGCAAGAAAGGGUCGGGCUUCUGGGAAGGUGGAAAAGACCCCUUCACGACCAGAGACAGAGUUUUGCUGCCCCCGGCGGCGUAA